UUCGGGCCAAUGGCGCCGCGGCGAGGGCCGGGGCCCCGCUCGCACCCGCGGACGCUCAUUCAAAACGCGGCCGGGCUCGGGCACCGGCAACCCCGGACCCUUGCCCCGGCUCCGCUCCGCCCCGAGGCUCCGCGGGGCCGGGCGCUGCCGGCGGGGAUGCCCGGCGGGGCCGCGGCCUGAGGCGGCCGCCCGCCCGCCCGCCGCCAUGCCGGUGAAGAACCGGUACAACCUGGUGGACGAUGGCUGCGAUUCCCGCGUCCCGCUGCACAACGAGGAGGCCUUCCAGCACGGCAUCCACUUCCAGGCCAAGUACAUCGGUAGCUUGGAUGUACCCAGACCCAACAGCCGCGUGGAGAUUGUGGCAGCCAUGAGAAGGAUUCGGUAUGAAUUCAAAGCCAAAAACAUUAAGAAGAAGAAAGUGAGCAUCAUUGUGUCUGUGGACGGGGUGAAGGUGAUUCUGCGCAAGAAGCAGAAGAGAAAGGAGUGGACCUGGGAUGAGAGUAAGAUGGUGGUGAUGCACGAUCCUGUGUACAGAAUCUUCUAUGUGUCUCACGACUCGCAAGACCUGAAAAUAUUCAGUUACAUCGCAAGGGAUGGUGCUAACAACUCCUUCAGGUGCAACGUCUUCAAAUCGAAGAAGAAGAGCCAGGCGAUGCGGGUGGUGCGCACGGUGGGGCAGGCCUUCGAGGUGUGCCACAAGCUGAGCCUGCAGCACGCCCUGCAGAACGCCGACGGGCAGGCGGACGGUGCCAGCGACAAGUCGGCCGAGGAGCAGCCGCUGGAAGUUCACCAGAUAAAGGGCUCCAAGAUCACGGAUGCGGACGAGGUUGGCAUCGACUCUGACAGCAUCUGUGUGCCCGAGAGGGGACCCGGAGAGCUCCCCGCUGGCAGGGGGGACCUCGGCACGCUGAAACCUGGGCAAGCCUCAAAGGAUAAGAACUGCCAGGAUGCCGAGAACUGUUCCCUCCACCUGGCCAGCUCCCAGCAGCCGCUCAGCCCGAGCAGCCCCUGCUCCUCGGCCUCCAUCACCCCGCUGGCCUCCCAGCACUGCCUCCAGCUGCUCCAGCAGCAGCUCCUCCAGCAGCAGCAGCAGACGCAGGUGGCCGUGGCCCAGGUCCAGCUGCUGAAGGACCAACUGGCGGCCGAAACGGCGGCGCGGAUCGAAGCCCAGGCCCGGGUACGGCAGCUCCUCUUGACCAACCGGGACCUGCUGCAACACGUCUCCUUGCUGGUGCGGCAGCUGACGGUGCUGGAAGCCCGGGAGCAACACCGGCAGCCGGUUGACCGCUCCUUGCAAAACCUGUCCCUGGCUCAGUCCCUCUCCCUGAACCUGAAGAACCACUACAGCUUGGACGUCCACCUGCCUUCCACCUCCACCCCCGCCAGCAUCCUGGGCAGCCCCGUGGCCCCCGGCUCGCUGCCAGCCCUGGGCCCCGGGGACUCCUACCUCAACCUCAUCAGCCUGGAGAGGGGCGGCCGCCGCUACGGCAGCAAGGAGGGGGACGAGUGCCUGGCUGUGCUGGAGGGGCAGGACGGGCUCAGCCGGCGCGUGGAGGGCUCCGAGGUCAGCGAGUUCGCUCUGCUCAACGGGAGCAGCCGGCAGAAGGUGGACGACACGGACAGAGGGGACGAGGAUAGGCGGCAGCAGCCCAUUCCCAAGCUCAACCCGCCACCGCCCAUCCUACGCAAAAGGUCAAGCAAGACCUCCCCGAGCCUGGAAGUGGAGGUGAAGCCCGAGAGCACUGCCCAUAUGAGCUUGCCCAGCCCCAGCGUCUCCAGCCUCACCAGCAUUGCUGCCAGCUCGCUCACCUUCUUGGACCCUGAGGCAAGGACUCCUGCACGGAGCACUGCCUCCGGCACAGAGCCCGUUCCUGCUGGGACCUGCCAGCGUGCUCUGGGCAAGGACAGGACUGGAGAGAGCGGGCAGAUGUCCCCCCUGGCCGGCAUCCGCGACCCUGCAGCCGGCGAGGCCCUGGCCAAGGACUUAGCUGCCCUGGCCAGCCCCACGGACAGCACGCUGCCCUUCUCCCCUGCGGAUGACACCUGCUUGCACAUCAGCUUCUCUGAAGAUGAGCUGCUUGAACCAGAGCUGGACACUGCUGUGGGGCCCAGCAGGGUCCCUUCUUAGUGGGACUGCAGUAGGUGGCAGCUGGCUGGCAGGCAGUCCCAGCAUCUCCGUCCACACUGAUCCACCAGCCCACGCUGGGGCUGGGACCCCCUGUGCCCAGGCUGGGAGGCAGGUCCCUGUGCUGUCCCUGUCCCGUGCAGCAGCUCCCCUCGCCACAUACGGGACUGCCACGCAGGAUGCGACCUGGCCAGCCCCUGCCCUCAGUCUGCACCAGCUCACACUGCCUUCCCGCUGCCCCGUCCUCCCGUCCCGUCCCUGCUCACACAGCCAGGGGUGCUGCACGGGGUCCCUGCCUCCGGGCAGCUCUCUCCGCUGCUGCCUGGCAGAGGCACAUUUCACGUUUGUCACUACAUCCCUUCUGCUGGCCGGGCGGCUCCAAGCAGCCCUGUGCCAGCCCCAUCCUUCCCACAGCAGACGGGUGCCUUUCCCAGCCCCUGGCAGGGUGCGUGCCAUCGCCCGCUGGGCAGCUCGGGGGGGGCAAAGAGCUGGCAGACAGGCUGAAGGCCAGGGCGCGCUGGGCAGGGAUGGCGCUGGUUUGACUUGCUCCAAGGAGGUUCCCACCCAGCCAGUAUUCCCCAUGGGAUGCUCCACGGCAGAAGCAUCCCCGGGAGCUGAACGACGGGAGCCCCGGAGCAGGGGCACAGCAGGGCGCAGGGCUGCGAACGCCCGGCUGCUGUCACUAACCCGGUUCAUCGGUUGCCACCCG